AACCGACUCGGACUUCAAAGUCAAAAGUUGUAAAACUAAUCAUAGAUCUGAUGUGAAAAUUUGAGUUGUAUUUGAUAUUUAUAAAUAAUGCGUUCAAUCUUUAAUAACAAUAGUAAUUAGUAUACAUCUAUAAACUAGUGACUGUUUACGUGUUUGUUAUAACUGGAGUGAAAAGAUCAUUUCUUUCCUUUGAAAAGCUAAAUCGGGAAGAUAGUUAGGAUGAGGUGGACAGUCCACAUAGAAGGUGGACCCAGGAGAGUUAAUCAUGCUGCUGUGUCUAUUGAAGAUAAAAUAUACUCCUUUGGAGGAUAUUGCUCUACAGAAGACUAUAAAGAUUGGGAGCCUAUUCCAGUCCAUGUACUGGACACAUCAACAUUAAGAUGGGCUCCGGUUAAUUAUAAAAAAAAUGAUGUUGUGCCAUUUCAACGGUAUGGGCACACUGCAGUCGCAUAUGGACAUAAGGUUUACAUGUGGGGCGGCCGAAAUAAUGCUGUUGCAUGUGACACUCUAUCGUGUUUUGAUACCAAGAAACUGGAGUGGAGUACACCUCAAGUGUCAGGCAUGGUCCCAUACGCUAAGGACGGACAUUCAGCUUGCAUUAUUAAAAACAAAAUGUACAUAUUUGGAGGAUUUGAAUAUAUAACAGAUCAAUAUUCACAAGACGUGCAUUGCUUAGAUUUAGAUACUAUGCAGUGGAGGUUCAUUAACACCCAUGGAUCUCCGCCAUGUUAUAGAGAUUUUCACACUGCUGUUGCGUAUAACAACAAAAUGUAUGUGUUUGGCGGCAGAGGUGAUUUAAACAGCCCUUAUAAUUCUGAAGAAGAAAUUUACUGUCCACAUGUUUAUUGUUUAGAUAUAGAAAAAGAAACUUGGUGUAACAUGAAUGCUAAAGGCGCUUGUCCCGAAGCCAGAAGAAGUCAUUCUGCAUGGAUAUAUAAAGACUUUAUGUACAUAUUUGGUGGUUUAAAUGCCAAAACAAAGACUCAUUUUAAUGAUCUGUAUAGAUACUCAAUAAAAGAUAAUUAUUGGGAAUAUCUGAAUGUCCAUGGCACCAGACCAUGCAAGCGGAGACGUCAAGCCUGCCUUAUAUAUAAAGAUAAAGUGUAUCUGUUUGGUGGUACAAGCCCUUGCACACACAAUAAUAAUAGGCCAAUAGACGAAAACGAUGAUAAUCCUGAAAGAUUAGUGGAUAACAGUGACCUUCAUGUGCUGGAUUACGCACCGACACUGAAAACACUAAGCAUACUUUGUGUAUUAGAAUAUAAUCUGGACCAAUACUCACUACCACAACAUAUAAUAAUGGAUAUAAAAAUGAUGACAACACCAAAUCGAAUCAGUAGGCCGAUAAACCAUGCUGGUUAAAUAAAUAAAAAAAAAAUAUGUGAACAUUUUACCAGGAUUUUUUAUGUCACUGUAAAUAUAAAAAAUUUGCCGCUAUGAUCGAGUCGGUGCUUAAGAAAGCUAAAUGUCUCUUUGCCCGAGACCUUUAUACUUGAAGCCUUUUAACUUAACAGUGUGCAUUAAGUCUUCCGAAAUAAAUUAUCACAAUAACCGCAUUAUUUUUAAAACUUCCUUGAAAUUUUAAUUAGCAGAUAACAAGCAGGAAGUCCAAAGAGUUUUACAUAACGUUUAGAAUAUCCUGCAUAUGUUUUAUUUAUUUACUGAAGCAUUCAACUUGACCUUGAACCAAAAUUCGACCAAAAUAUUUUAUUUGCUAAUUAUUGUCGUUCUGUUAAUCUUUUAAAAAUAUAAUUCAGUACAAAUGUGUUUUAACUAGAUUUUAUUAUUUAUUUUAAACUUAAAUAAAAUAUAUAAAAAAUAAUAACCUUUUAUUUGAGAUUA